GUACACAGAGACAACAAGAAAGCGAAGUCUCGAAGCUAAAAUGAAAUUCGUAAUACCAAAACUACCCUUCACACUCUCUCUCUUCCUCUCCCUCUCUCUUCUCAUCAUCUUCCUCUUCGCCUUCCCCACCACAUUCCUCCGCCGUCCUCUCUCCUCCUCCGUCAUCGCCGUUGCCGACGAAGGGAUACGGAUCCGUCAUCAUGGAUACUCCUCUUACGAAGCAUACAUCAAGCACCAGCUCAACAAAACUCAGAACCCGAAGCUACGUAAGGUAUGGACCACGCGCGACUGGGACAGGAAAGUGCGCGUGUUCUCCACUUUCUUCCGACGUCUCAGCGAUCGCGGUCUCCUCUCGAAUCAAUCAAAAGCUCUCUCGAUCGGCGCGCGAGUUGGUCAGGAGGUUGCGGCGUUGAGAUUGAUCGGCGUGGAAGACUCCGUCGGGAUAGAUCUGGUACCGCGUCCGCCUCUGGUGGUGAAAGGUGACUUCCACGCGCAGCCGUUCGACGAAGAGACGUUCGAUUUCGAAUUCUCAAACGUGUUCGAUCACGCGCUUUACCCGGAGAAGUUCGUUGGGGAGAUCGAACGGACGUUAAAGCCCGGAGGUGUGUGUGUGUUACACGUGUCGAUAUCUGGGAAGACGGAUAAGUACUCGGCUAAUGAUUUGUUUAGUGUGAAACCAUUGGUGAAUCUGUUCAAGAGAUCAAAGGUCGUGGAGGUGAGGAAGAUCGAUGGGUUUGGGCUUGACACUGAGAUUGUUUUUAGAAAGAACAAGAACUAAACAACACACAAAGAUUUAAAAAUGUAGUUUUGUUUUAAUUUGUUUCAUUUAAUACAUAUAGAUUCGUUGUUAAGUUGAAAGCAAAUUGUUUCUUAUUUUGGGUGUAUUUUCAUUCUAUCAUUUAUUAUACACUUGCAAAAAUGUAUACAUCAAUAAAUUAUAGUUUUUUUU